AUCAGAAAGCCGCAGCAGUACAAACACCAGAUGCUGCACCACCAACGAGACGGGCCUCCUGGUUUGGUUCCCAUGGAGCUGGAAUCCCCCCCUGCGUCCCCCCCUGUGCCGCCAGGGUCCUAUAUGCCCCCAUCUCAGUCUUACAUGCCCCCACCUCAGCCGCCACCCUCGUACUACCCCCCCGCCUCGUCUCAGCCCCCCUACUUGCCUCCCGCCCAGCCGUCCCCUUCUCAGUCUCCACCUUCCCAGUCCUACCUGGCGCCCACUCCUUAUCCUCCCUCUUCCUCCUCGCAAUCCUACGUGAGCCAUUCGCAGUCCUACCUGCCCCCUUCUCAGGCAUCGCCUUCCCGCCCUUCCCAGAGCCACUCUAAGUCCCCGCUCCUAGCUCCUCCACCGCCGGCCACCGCUGCUGGGAAUAAGACAACUGCCCCGCAAGAGCCUGUGAAGAGUGGUGCCAAGAGCAAGAAUGCUGAGCAGCAUCAGGGUGCCCCUGAGCCAGAUCCUUCUAAGAUGACUCCACAGGAGACUGCCUGGUUGUCCCACUGUUGGUGGUGCCAAGAUUGAUCAGGGGGCGGCAGUCUGGUCCCUCCACUGUAAAGCUUCCCAUCAAUUUUGCAUGUUCCUUCCAUCUAGUGGUUCAUCCAUUGAUGUUCUUUGCCUGA